AUGGCCUACAGAGGAAAACCCCAAGACGGGGUCAACAAAAGAACCCAAACCGCCAGCGAACGAACUUCGAUGACGAUUACUAUGCCACCGCCUCCUGAAAACUUUCCUCAAUUUUCGCAAAAUGAAGCCAAUGGAAUGCAAAGUGAUGAGAAUGCUGUUUCUGGCCAUCUCGCCAAGACUCCUACUCAAGAGUUUGCGAAUUUCAAUAAACAAGUCAAUGCCAAUGGUAGCGAGGUCGAUAAAUCGCCCAAACUGUUGAGCGUAACUGGAAGUGGAAAUAGAAGAGACAUGGAAACCAAGUCGUCCACCCAUACUUAUGGUCACAAACCCAAGACCAGACCAUUUAUCAGGAAGAAGAACGGCAUCAAGAGAAAGAGAGGCCGCAACUUCCAGAGAUAUCAUCAUUGCUCUACAAAGGACGUCGACAACGAUAAUAUCGAAACAGACGAUGAAAAUGGCGAUAAAUAUAAAGACAAACAUAGAGGUGGAGGUGAAUAUGGAGAUGGGAAUGGAGAUGACGAUGAGCCAAUUAUAUCUUUGUAUCAGCGAAUGUUGCUGAGCUUCAGAAGGGAAAAUGAGAAGUUUUACAAAUCAGAGGCGUUGGAAUUUCACAAGUCAAACGCCUCGGGCAAUAUUCUCGGGGCUGAGUCCAACUCCAGGGAUCCAGCAGCCACCUCCCAUCUGGAUGAUAUGAAUGGCAACAAUCCCAGAGAAUCAGAAAGACUUAGUGAAGGUCCGCAAAAGAUUCAUAAUGGCGCCAUUAUACCUGAUCCAAACUUCAAUACCGAAGUCUUGUUCUCGAAGGAAAGAGCCCCUCCAAAGAUCAUUCAACUUGAACCUGUGGAUAGAAAUAUCGCUAUCAUACACAAGAUGAUUAAAGAAUCUCCCGAGGAACCGAAAAUGUCAACAUGGAAGUUGAUACGCCACAGGGUCUCUUCAUGGACAGGAAGGCUUAAUCCUUUAAGAAGGUGGAGUCAGUCCGGGAGAGACAAUGAGGCAAGAAUGUCUCUAAGACAUAGUGAAGCAGAUCUAGGCGCAUUUACCAGAGAUGAACUCAGGGAGAAUGCUGAAAGAAAGAUUGCAAAUGGCCACACAAGAGACACUGCGCACAGCAUCAAGCGAGCCGGCAGCUCGGGACAGAAUUCCGAAGAGAGUUUUUCGAACGUUGAUGUAUAUGGCAUCAGAGAAGUCGAAGCUGAAGUCAUCCGAAUGUCGAGUCCUGCACGAACGUGCCUCAUCUCCAGGUCCAAGUCUGUAAGAUCUGUUGAGCCAAUUAUAGAAGACGCUUCAAAUGAGACAGGAGGCGAGAACGCAGCCCAAGAGAAUGCGCAAAGGCUUCAAACUACACAGGAACCUAUCGAUUCAGACCCUGACCCUGAAGGCACGACCUUGAGAAGACGACCCAGGGUAGAGAGAUUACGUCGUGAAUUCACUGGUUCUAUUGAAGAAGUUAUCAAUUCGAAUAGAAUGCUUCAAGCAAUGUCAAAUGUUGACACCCAAGGCUCUUCUGCAUCAAGUGAAUAUUUGGAAACCAUCGCCACCCGUAACCUCCUUGGCUACAGCUACGGGCUCAAUCAAUCGCAACAAAAUCUUACUUUAAUGUCAGGAGUAGCCGAUGACUCUAUUCAAGACGACGACGAUUUUGGAGCCCCUCUUUGUCGCUAUUCGAGUCGUGAGCUCUCCGCCGAAGAAGAAUCCCAAGAGCAUGACAUCCUAGAAGAUAAAACUUCGACAGUGACCGCCAUCAAGGAGAAAUGCCGUUCAAAAGUAGAUCGUAGCGCUGUGCGGGGAUUUGUUCCCGAAGGGGACCCCAUUCCAGAGAGCGCCCUUGAAGAUUCGGAAGCCAGUCAAAGAUCCAACUCCGAUCCGCCAAGCCUGACAAAUACUACCAACACCUCAGAAAGCAGUAUGAGCGUCCAGCAGCAAUAUUCUUGUGGGAUCUUCAGAUCAAAUGCCAUCAGAAGAAAACGUCAAUCGAUGAAUUUUGAAUCAUACAAUGAUGCGCUCAUGUGA